AUGGAUAGAAAAUCUGCUAGAAUAAAAGCAGAGUUAGAAAGAUAUGGUUGGAAAGUUUCGAAGAAUUUUAAAUAUAGGAAGGGAAGACCCAUAAAAGUCUAUGACAAACUGGCUGGUCUUCGCUAUGAAAUGGACUUAGAAACAGCACGCGCAAACUAUCCAAACAGAUUAGAGAGGUUAGAAGAAGAACGUCUUAUGGACAUACCUUUCGAUGUUACUGAGCCUCAAGUUGAAGGACACGACGGCUUUGCCAGAUUCUACUGGAAACAUGACGAACAAUUGCAUCCUUUGAGAAGGAAAAAAGGUAGUGCAGAGGAUGGUCAUGCUCCCAUGGAAAGAACAAGAUAUGCAUAUGAAAAGUACCGUGAAGUUAGAAGUCAAAUUACAUCUGGUCGAACCUUUACAGUAAACUUUGACGAAGGAAAGAACAAAGAAGGCUUCAUGGGUGUACUUGCUGCCAUACAAGACGGAAAUAAGAAAGGAUACAAUCUCAGACUAACCGUAACAGAUUUGGACGGUCAUAUAUACUAUGCACAUGGCAAUGUCACAACAGCCGCACAACUUCUUGACGCUUUCAAGACUACAAAGAGAGAACAAAUGUUUGACUCCGACUCAGACAUUUUGAAUGCAAUUGAAGGAAUUGUAAGCGUGAAGUUCGAAUGGUACCAACCUAACCCUCAAGCAGUCAGACAACAUGCUGGAUACUUCCCGUUCAUAAAUAAGUCUGACAUUGACUUGACAAGGUAUGGAAUUUACAAUUCAAUUGAAACAAUUGUCAAUGAACCUUGUAUUCUUACAUGUCUCAGGAACUCUGGUCUUGUUUCAGAAGAGAAGAUGAAGUAUCUUGAGUCAU